AUGGCUCAGAUUGGAUCUUACAUCCCAGCACAGACUGGAAGGUUAGGAAUUUUUGAUGCAAUUUAUACACGGAUGGGAGCUGCUGAUGAUAUUUUCAAAGGGCGAAGUACAUUCAUGGUUGAACUGCAGGAAGCUGCUGAGAUAAUACACCAUGCAACAGCAAAGUCCUUGGUAAUUUUAGAUGAACUUGGACGUGGCACCAGCACCCAUGAUGGUCUUGCUAUUGCAGAUGCCACACUGGACUUUUUCAUCCGAGAGACAAAGUGUAUAACUUUGUUUGUCACCCAUUAUCAGGUGCUUUGUCACUUCCAACAGUUGUAUCCAGAUUUAGUUGGGAACUACCACAUGUCAUUUCUGAUCAAUGAAGAUGAUGCAGAUUCUGAAGAUUAUGAGGCGGUGACAUUUCUCUAUCAACUGGUACUUGGUAUGGCCAGUCACAGUUAUGGACUCAAUGUUGCAAGCUUAGCAGGUGUAAAAACUAAUAUACUCAAAGUUGCAAGUGAAAAAUCCAAACAGCUUCAACAGAAAUUGGAUUCCAAAAGAAAAAUGAAAGCGGACUUCCUGGAAAUUUUCCAUUGUCCAAAUGAACAACUUCCUGAUCUGGUCAAAGGUCUGGUAGAAACGGCAUAA